CGCCGCUCCGGGUGACGCCUCGGCUCGGCCGUUACGGGAGCCCGGAGAGGGGCAGGAGGGAGGGAGGAUGGCAGCGGCAGGCGGGCGGCUCCUGGCGGCGGCCGCGGCUUACUCGGGGCGGGUGGGCUGGGGCGGGCCGCGCCGCACCCCGGCCGUGCCGCUUGUGCCCUCCCGGAGCGCCACUGUCACCCGGAGCGGGGCCAUUCUGCCCAAGCCGGUUAAGACGCCCUUCGGCCUCCUCAGAGUAUUCAGCAUUGUGAUCCCUUUCCUGUAUGUCGGGACUCAGAUCAGUAAGAACUUCGCAGCCCUACUUGAAGAACAUGAUAUCUUUGUCCCGGAGGAUGAUGACGAUGAUGAUUAAAGGCUCUGUAAUGGAAGAACAGAAGGGAGAAAACCAUUGACAAAGCAAUGGUUGCAACAUCUGUCACCUGUGUUUUGUCCUUUCUGAAUGGGACAGGGGGCCGUGUGUCCCCUUUGCCAGUGAGUGUCCUGCGUGUGUCAAUGCCAGAAAUCCAUAGGUUGUGGUUGAAGGAAGUGCUUGAUAGGCUCUGCAUCCUUGCACACACAUGCUCACCUCAUCAAAGACUGCUUGGGAUUCUUUUUAUUAGCAAUAUGGAAAACAAUUAAAGAUCAAGAUAUUGAGAUGUGUAA